AUGGUGAAGGAAACUAAGUUAUACGACUUAUUGGGCGUAUCGCCCAGCGCAUCUGACGCGGAGCUCAAGAAAGGGUAUAGAAAGGCUGCAUUGAAGUACCACCCAGACAAGCCGACCGGUGACACUGAAAAGUUCAAGGAGAUUUCAGAGGCGUUCGAAAUUCUCAGUGAUCCAAAUAAGAGAGAGGUGUACGAUACCUAUGGAUUGGAGGCAGCGAGAGGGAACGCGCCAUCUGGAUUCGGUGGAGCCGGGCCCGGGGGCGCAGGCUUCGGCGGCUUCAGUACCGGAGGUGGUGGAAGACACGCCUUCUCUCAGGAGGACGCGUUCAAUAUUUUCUCCCAGUUCUUUGGUAACAGCGCAGGCGGCGCCUCGUCGCCAUUUGGCUUUUCCUCGGCAGGUGGAGAUGAGUUCGGCUUUGGCGGUUUCCCUGGGGGGGCUGGCUUGCACACCUCUUCCGGCGGUAUGCCGGGUGGCUUUGGAGGCAUGCCUGGGAGCUCUGGGAUGCAUUCUCAUAGCCAACCAGAGGAGAAGUUGGUACAAGUCAAUCUACCUGUCAGUCUAGAGGAUUUGUUUGUGGGUAAGCGCAAAUCCUUUAAGAUUACUAGGAAGGGCCAGACCGGUAUUCCGGAGAAGAAGCAGAUUGACAUUCAGUUACGGCCAGGCUGGAAGGCUGGAACCAAGAUUACGUACAAAAACGAAGGUGACUACAAUCCUUCCACCGGUGGAAGGCAAACAAUCCAGUUUAUUAUCCAGGAGAAGCCGCAUGAAUUCUUCAAGAGAGAUGGAAACGACUUAAUCUAUACCCUGCCAUUGACUUUCAAAGAGUCCCUCCUUGGGUUUGACAAGACAGUGCGAACCAUUGAUGGAAGACAGAUAUCCAUUCACAAAACCCAGCCUGUACAACCUUCGGAAGAAAUGAGAUAUCCUGGGCAAGGUAUGCCACUUUCAAAGAACCCCUCCGAGAGAGGUGAUCUAAUAGUCAAGUACAAGACCGAUUACCCAAUCACAUUGACUGAAAAACAGAGGCGAGCCAUCUUGGAAAACUUCUGA